AUGGAUAAACUAGUUUUCUCCUAUUGCCCUUCAAGCAAAGUGAAUGCCAAAUUUCUAAUAAAGCUAUGCUUUUUCGAAUGGAAGGAUGCUCUAGACUCACAUCUGUGUUCCUUUCAGCUGUUUUCAGACAGCGAACCAAUUUCCUUAGUUCAACGAUUUUUUGUUUCAAAGACUCCAAACAAAAGUGUGCUUCCCACUGAGCUAUCAAAACUUGCUAAAAACGAUUGGGCUAACUUUGAAAUUAGUGUGGCAGAGCUUCCUGCGAAUUCACAUUUUUUAAUUUCUAUGUGGAAACCCUCUUUGCAUGAUGAAACCAAAUACGAGUUUGUUGGAAGCGCGAAAUACGCAUUAUUUGAUGAAAAUAAGCUAUUAAGGCAAGGACUACAAAAAAUACCAGUCUAUACGUUAAACGACGAAAGCACGAAAUGUAAUACACUAACUUCUGCUGAAAGCGAGAAAGUCCAUGAAGUCGAACGCUUUGAUCAAUUACUGUUUAAGCUUCAAUUGGGUGACCUACCUUCAAUUGCAUGGCUGGACGAGCUUUCCUUGACAACAUUAAAGGCUUAUCGAUCUUCUUACAUUCCUCUUGUUCACACCCCGUAUCUUUAUGUCGAGUUUUUGCAGUUUUCAUUUCCUAUCUUAUAUCAAAAUCUUAACUAUGAAUGUAUAUAUACAUCUGUCUUUUCCUCGUCUUUUGAUUUGGAAUCGAAUUUUGACAGUCCUGCAGAACUAAAACAUCGCAGACUUGUUCGUUCUCAGCGUAAUGGGCCGUUGGAUAGAGACUUGAAGCCAAACUCCAAAAUCCGUAAAGAAUUGGAGAAUAUUAUGUCUUAUCCUCCCAGCGAUGACCUGUCACUGGAAGAAAAGGAUUUGAUUUGGAAAUUCCGAUACUACUUAACUAGGAACAAAAAGGCUAUGACAAAGUUUCUAAAGAGUGUCAUGUGGUCUGAUAGUACAGAAGUAAAUCAAGCUCUUAGUCUUUUGGAUAGUUGGACUCAGAUUGACAUUGAUGAUGCUUUGGAACUACUGAGUCCUUCAUUCAAAAACCCAACAGUGCGUGCGUACGCUGUUUCCAGACUGGAGACAGCAUCCAACGAGGAGCUUUCCUUGUAUCUGCUUCAACUCGUACAAGCUUUGCGAUACGAUAUUCCAGGCAGUGCUAAGGAAAAUCCCAAACCAAGUCCUUUAGCUAGCUUUUUGGUCAGUCGUGCCGUCUCUUCGCCUAGUAUCGGAAAUGAUUUGUACUGGUAUUUAGUGGUUGAAAUUCAAGAUGAGCCCUCUAACAAAUUAUUUUCUUCGGUAAUGUUUCUUCUUCAGCAAGAGCUUUCCAAAUCAAGUGAGGGAAGAGCAAUCCGUGAGGCGCUUGCAACACAGGCCAAAUUCAUUGAAAAAUUGCUUCGGUUGAGCAAAUCAGUUCAAGCAUACCGGGGAACAAGAAUAAAAAAAAUAGAAUACUUGAAAUCUGUCCUAGUUGAUUCCAAGCAUCAUUUCAUGAAUUUCACACCACUUCCACUCCCUCUGGAUCCCUCUAUUAAUAUAAUAGGAAUUAAUCCUGAAGCUUGCACUGUCUUUAAAUCAACCAUGCAACCUCUCCGCUUAGUUUUUAGAUGUGAGGAUGAUAGUUCAUAUCCGAUUAUAUUUAAGAACGGAGAUGAUUUGCGGCAAGAUCAACUGGUGAUACAAAUAUUGACACUUAUGGAUAAGUUAUUAAAAAAAGAAAAGUUAGAUCUCCAUCUUAAGCCAUACAGGAUUUUGGCUACGGGACCAACUCACGGGGCUGUGCAGUUUGUUCCAUCGAAAACUUUGGCUAGUAUACUUGCUGAAUACAGGGGUAGUGUUUUAGCUUAUUUACGGGAACACAAUCCAGAUAAUGACACUACCACUAAUACGUACGGCAUUCAUCCAGAAGCAAUGGAUAACUAUAUUCGAAGCUGUGCCGGAUACUGUGUAAUAACCUAUCUAUUGGGUGUCGGUGACCGUCAUUUGGAUAACUUGUUAAUUACGGAAGAUGGCCAUUUCUUCCACGCAGAUUUCGGGUAUAUUUUGGGAAGAGACCCGAAACUUUUUUCACCAGCUAUGAAGCUUUCAAAAGAAAUGGUCGAAGGUAUGGGAGGUUACAAUUCUCCUUUUUAUCAACAGUUCAAGUCAUAUUGUUACACCACAUUUACUGCACUUCGAAAAUCUUCCAACCUUAUACUAAAUCUUUUCUCGUUAAUGGUGGAUGCCAAUAUUCCAGACAUCAAGUUCGAUAAGGACAAAGUAGUUUACAAAGUGAAGGAACGUUUUUGCUUACAAAUGUCGGAGUCUGAUGCCAUCAUGUAUUUCGAACAGUUAAUCACGGAUUCUGUCAGUGCUUUAUUUCCACAAAUUAUUGACCGUAUGCAUAACCUUGCUCAAUAUAUGCGCUCAUGA